AUGGCACGUAUGGGAGAUUAUUACAGUCUGAGUGGUAGCGCGGGCACGGGCGAAGACAGGUAUGCCGCUACUAAAGAUUCCCACGAGCUGUGCUGCGCCUUCCUUUUGUCGCUAAAAGGCUUCUGGAGCCUCGGCGCUAGGGGAUCUCUCAGCGCGAACGAGAUCACCGGCGGUUGCCCUGGAAUUUUUGAUGAUGAUCCUCAGACGCUGCAGUCCCUUCGGCGAGAAACUCGCCAGUGGCGAGUGGAAAGACUGCACAGCUCGGUGCAGGAUAUAAUUGCGUACAACUCGCUGUCGUGGCCUCUUGCCCACACUAGUUUACAAAAGCGGCCGAAGCAGCAGCCGUUGUGCCCACGCUCUAAGCGGCAGACAGGCGUCUGCUGCAUAUUUGCGGAGGCGGACGGCUGUCCAAUAAGGGACCUCGGCAACGGCUAUGCUGCCGAUUGCCGUCGUCGCUACGUGUGA